AUGAAAAGAAUGAAAUACACAUUUCGAUGUUUCGGCAAGUGGAACGCGCCUCGUGAACAAAACAUUGCUGGAGGGAAAUAUCGUGGUCAGCUGGGGCGACGUUGCAUCGACAGACAACCCCGCAGACGGCAUUUCUUCGGGUGGGCCGGUUAUGCCCAGAAGUUGCGAAAGGGUGUGGGGCAGGUGAAGCACACGCUUUCAGCAAUUCCUUGCCGUAACUAA